CCCGCGGGUCAAAUCACAGGCGGGGGCCCACCAAAUCUGCCGAGACCGGUAGACUCGAACCUCGGCCCCGAACCGGUAGCGGACCGUUUAAUCUUUGUCUAAGGUAAGGUACCUAGAUAAUCAUGGACCGGCCCAGGAAGUACAACAUCGCGAUAGAAUAGACAUUUAGAGUGAGCUGUGUCUCUUCCUCUUCCCCAUCCCGCACUUGAACAAUAUCUCCUAUCUGUUCACAGCUCGUCCAAAAUGGCUGCGCAAUCAAAGCCUGAGAUCUCCCCCUGGGGCCGCGCUGUCGCUGGAGCUACGGGUGCUGUUCUUGCGAACGCGCUGGUCUACCCCCUUGAUAUUGUCAAGACUCGUCUUCAAGUUCAAGUCAAGCCCGAUCCUUCCAAAGGCCCUUCCUCGUCCGACGAACCACACUACACCUCGACAUGGGAUGCCAUCUCGCGUAUUGUCGCCGAUGAUGGAAUCAAGGGCCUCUAUGCUGGCAUGAAUGGCUCUCUGAUUGGUGUCGCCUCAACCAACUUUGCCUACUUCUACUGGUACACCAUUGUCAGGACCCUAUAUUUCAAGUCUCGCAAGACAGACGUGCACCCGUCUACCGUGGUCGAACUCGCUUUGGGUGCUGUCGCCGGAGCCAUUGCCCAGGUCUUUACCAUUCCUGUUGCUGUUGUCACCACGCGCCAGCAGACGGCAAGCAAAAGCGACCGCAAAGGUCUCAUAGACACCGCUCGUGAGGUCAUUGAUGGCCCAGAUGGUAUUUCAGGUCUCUGGCGCGGUCUGAAGGCCAGUCUCGUCCUUGUUGUCAACCCUGCCAUCACUUAUGGCGCAUACGAGCGACUAAAGGACGUCCUCUACCCUGGCAAGACCAACCUGAGACCAGCCGAAGCAUUCUUACUGGGUGCCAUGUCUAAGGCGCUUGCAACCCUCGCUACUCAACCCCUUAUCGUGGCCAAAGUUGGUCUCCAGUCCAAGCCUCCACCGGCCCGAAAUGGCAAGCCCUUCACCAGUUUUGUUGAGGUGAUGAAGUUCAUCAUUGAGCACGAAGGUGUACUGGGUCUUUUCAAGGGUAUUGGACCACAGAUCUUGAAGGGGCUCAUCGUCCAAGGCAUCCUUAUGACCACAAAGGAGAGGGUUGAGCUCAUGUUCGUCCUUUUGAUCCGAUAUAUCAAGUCUAUCCGCCUUCAGAAACUCAGCAAGACAGCUGAGAAGACAGCAGCUGCAGCCGCCGCACACAGCGUUGCGGCCAAACCCGUCACAACAGCAUAGGUAGUGAACGGUUGAUCCUUAGAAACAGCAUCGGUGUUUGGGAUAAUGAAAUUCUGCAAUUUGGGAAUAGAAACGGAUUGGUGUUUUAUGUUUGGACGUUUUGCGAUAGUAAUAAGCGCGCACUAUUCCUCCUGAUGAUGGAAAACCUUCAACCUGCGUUGUAACCAAUUAUAGCAUAUAGCAAUACAGACCAUUAAACAUUAAAUCCAAAGAGUUGAAUACUGGUGAUAAGUUGGUGAACACCAUGGCUGAUGUUCCUCUGGCUUUCCUGACACCUUCUAGUGUCGACUCGGAGCAGAGACAUGAGAC